CUCUACGACCCUCGUUCUGCAGGCUGCUACCACCUGGUUUUCCCGGAUCUCGUUUCUAAGCUUUGCUCCACCUCUCUCGCUGGCAGCCUUUUGAGACGCCUCCAACAGUUAGCGGUCUUGCUCGGUGCAGCGCGUGUUCUCUGGCAGACCUCGAGACAGAAUCAUGAUCGCGUCAGGUGGGGCGUCGGAGCGGGAACGGCGGCCGACGGCGAAGAUUCUCGUGUGCAAGGACUACGCGCGUGGCCGGUGCUCCAGGAGCGACUGUCGCUUCGCGCAUACAUCUAGCACUCUCGGCGUGGAGGCCACCGAUGAAGGGGAUGUGGUGUCGGUGUGCAACGACUUCCUGCGCUCACGCUGCGCGCGCUCCACGUCGUGUCGCUACUUCCACCCGCCGCCGCAUCUUAUUAGUUCACUGGCGAGCAAGGUGGGCAUCACGCUGCCAGGGGACGGCGCGGACAUGCAGUCGCAGCAGUCCUUCCUCCCCGUGCCCGCGCCCGCUUUCCCCGACGUGUACGGAGCGCCCUCCGCAUAUCUCGCCGCGGCCUACCCACCCAUGGCUCCCGCCUCCCGUCUCUUCACUCGCCCUGCGCUCGAGGUGUGCCGGGACUUCCUCAAGGGGCGGUGCUCACGGGACGCCUCCGCCUGCCGCUACGCGCACACCAACCCCAAUGCGGGCGACGGCAACCUCGUCACUGUGUGCCAGGACUUUCUCAAGGGCCGCUGUGAGCGCCCCACGUGCCGCUACUACCACCCGGAGGAGCACCUGCGCGCCCGCAUCAAGGAUGUGCCGGUGAACCGGCCCGGCCAUGGCAUGGAGGCGGACCCUCUGGGAGGCGCGUACCAAGCAGCGUACAGCGCGUAUGCCGUCGCCAGCAUGUAUGAGAACCAGGCGGCAGCUAAGAGAAUGAGGGUGGAGGACGGGGGAGCACCAGGGGCGGGCAAUUCAGCAGCGCUGGCAUCCCUUGGCGGGGACGAUGACAGAGUGCGCAAGUCAGGCCUAGAUGUUGCGAUGCCGUACUACUCAGCGCUGCCGCCCAUGUACGGCUCGCCCGCCAUGCACCAGCUGCCCAUGGGGGGGGGCUACCUGCCCUCGCCCUUCUACCCUGGGGGACCGCAACACUCCCGUGCGCCGGUGUCGCAGGACCGGCUGCCGGUGUGUCGGGACUUCAUCAACGGCAAGUGUGUGCGGGGGGCCUGCCGCUACGUGCAUCCCGACGACCAUGUGCAGGUGGUGGAUGGGCAUGUGACGCUGUGUCGCGAUGCUGCGAGGAACAAGUGCGAGAGGGAGCACUGCCGCUUCUACCACCCCCCUUCCUCCGCCAAGGGCAGCGGAGGAGACGACAUGUAGCUUCGCACUCCAAGAUCUACACUUUCGGCAAUCCCCACCUGCUGCUGCUGCUGCGGUGCCGCGCUAGCUCUAUGGCGCUCACCUCCCUCCCUUGGCCGCCGCCGCCGCCGCAGCCGCUGCCGCCAGCGUCGCCAGCGCCGCCUGCUGCCACUGCCGUUGCUCCCCGGCUGUGCUGCUGUCGCUGUCGCUGUCGCUGCUGCUUCUGCUGCUGUUGCUGUUGUUGCUGCUGACAUGCCGUCGUUCGUUCCGCUGCUCUGCCUGCUGUGCUGUGCUGUGUGCGUUUCAUGCCACCUGGCUGGCGGCGAUGUGCUGGAAACGCAUAUGCGUGCAAGAGCACACGAGCAAGGCCUUAUAGCAUGAUGAACCAGGCGUGCAGCGGGUUUACAGGCCUGCAUGGCAAUAGUUUAGAGUGCACCACACCACACAUGCACAUCCACCACACAUGCACGUCCACACCACCACACUCCUUGCAUGGACAGGCGCAUCUGUCUUUGUACUACGCCUUGCUUCUUGCAUGGUGUGUGUGCUGUGCGAGAAGUUGCUUCCCCUCGCUUCCCCUGUGUGUGUGCUUGUUCGGGCGCUGUUGCGUGUGUGCGUGCGUAGCGUAGGGUCUUUCCUUACUUUCCCUUGCCUGUCUGCUACCACCACCUUGCUCCAUCACCAUAACAUAGUCUAGUGCUCUUCUUUCCAGUGCCUUGGUUGCGGCUUGUGUCCUUUAGGCCAUGAGCGAAUACAACUCUAGAUGUCCGUCUGUCACUGAUUCUCCUCCCACAGUUGAGUCAUAGUCUAAUGUAACAUGUGCCAUGUUUGCUUGAACCUCCCUGUUGACAAUGUUGGGUUGGGCUGUGGUGGUCUUUUCUCAUUGUGUGCUCGUCCUGCCCUCUCCCCUUACGAAGCUGACUAGUUAUUAGAAACCUUACUCCCAGAGCAGUGGUGCUCCUUAAUACAGUGUGACACUAUUGCGCUGCAUCGUGUAGGGCGUGUGGAUUCAAGGGACCUGACUGCAGUAACUUGGUAGAAGGUGAUUUGCAAGCGCUGAUUCAGUGAAUUGCUUAGGAGAUUUGGUUUCCUUGGCAUGGUAUGGUUAUUGU